AUGGCGUUAAGCUUGGGAACAAAGCCUGUCGAGUACGUCCAAGUUUCUGGUCUGUAUUUGGUAAUCAAACAUCCUACAGCAGAAUCUAGGCUAUUGAGGUUUCUUGCUCGAGCCGUGUUGUUAGCUUUGUUAAUCGUUUCUUUCCCCUAUUUCGGAUCUAUUCUCAGAGGAUCCUCAAUCGCGUCGCAAUCGGUUCUAAACAAUGCCAAAUUUGGAUCUGAUAAUGAUAUUGAUAUUGACAAAUCAACAAACUACAGAAUCGUUUACCUCGAACAAGCUGAUUCUACUCCCGUCGAUGAGGGGAUGAGUGAAUUAGGCAAAGAUGAGAUCAAAUUUCACUCUCAGAGACAACUCCUCUUCGCUUACAAAUCUGACGCUAAAAGAGCUGCAGCCCUAAACGAACUCGAAGACGUCCUCCUCGAACCGCCGCGAUCAGCAUCGCGAAAAUCGAGGCGGUACUUGCGACGAACACGAUACCUUCCAGAUUUGAUGGGCGAUUCUCUCGAAGACUACCCCCGCCAUGUUUUCAUCGACGUCGGUCUUCCGGAGAAGGAAGGCGGAAGCGGCACAAGCUGGUUUAAUCACAACUACCCUACCAGAAACAAGAAAUUCGAAAUGUUGAAGAUCGAGACAGUGAAUACUGAUCACGAGCCAUCGUCGAAGACUUUGCAUGUCGGAAUUUCGGAUUGGCUGUCGAGCAACGUAAAAGCCGAAGAUUACGUCGUAAUGAAAGCAGAAGCGGAGGUUGUGGAAGAGAUGAUGCAAUCCGAGGCCAUACAGUUGGUCAACGAGCUUUUCUUGGAAUGCAAGCCACAACCAAACAGUGGCAGGAAGGUUUCCGGCGGCGGCCGACGAGCUUACUGGCAGUGUUUGGCAUUGUACGGACAGCUCCGAGACAAAGGUGUGGCGGUUCAUCAAUGGUGGGGUUGAAAAUAAAAAUGGAGAAUUCAAAUCGUGAGAGAGUGGAGAGAGGGAAAGGCGUUUGAUUUUCUUUUUUUUCUUUUUUUUUUUUUAAUUUAUUUUUUAGUUUUAUUUUUUU